GUGUAGUAACGUGUGUUUGGUAGUAAAGUGGGUUGACUAAAAUUGCCCCUCCUUGUAAAAAAAGUGAUGGUAUUGACUUCUGGAACGGUGUAAUUAAUACGUAAACAGAUAAAUUAUCAAAUUUCAUAAUCCUUUCUGUGUUUUUGACAUUACAAAAAUGUCAGUAGCAGAGUUUUUGAAGGGUCUACCGUCGUACAAUGAAAACAAUUUCUCUCGCUUCCACACGGACAGUGGCAGCCGAUCCUGUGCCAAGCGGCCUUCCGUAUACCUCCCAACCAAGGACCAUCCCUCCGAACAGAUCAUUGUUACUGAAAAAACAAGUAUUCUACUCAGAUAUCUACAUCAACAGUGGGACAAAAAGAAUGCCUUAAAGAAGCGGGACCACCUAAGUCUAGAUAGCAGUGAAGAAUCCACUUCCAAUAAGAAGAGACCUCGCCUGGAAACUUGCGCCUGAAGUACCUAAACUCCGCUCUUCCAUCCAACAUUAAUUCAACUAAACAGAAACUUUAAUUUCAGCUGUUUAAUGCAUAUCAGUGUUAAUAUUUUUGGCAUAUUAAAUCUGGAAUGAAAUUUUGUUUGGAAACAAAUCCCAAAUUCGGUUUGCAUUGUUAUUUUAAAGCUUUUCAUGGGAAUUCAGAAGAUAUUGUUGCAUUUAUGGGGUUUUGUGCAGGAGAAAUUGAUUUUGUUAUGAAGAUUCUUCCAUAAAAUUUCUUAUGUGAGUUUCCUGGAGACACGGGUCUUAAGUGUUCAGUGAGAGGGUACUAGGGGCAGCAAGUUCCUAUAUUUUGUAUUAUAUCCAUACCUCGUAGAUUAUGUUUCGUCAAUUCGGUUAGAUAGUUUUUCAUCUUUGUUUUAUUUCUUAAGAUCUGUUUUUGUAGUCUAAUGCAUCGGACACAAAUAUGGUAUUCUAUCCUAAUUUGUGUAACUAAAUCUGUUUGUCUCUAAUUCCUUCAGUUAACAUUUAUUUGUAUAAUUUAUAUUCAUUAUUGCUAUUAACAGAUUUUUUGAGCUUAUUAAUAUCUGUGUAAAUACACAAAAAUUGUUUUGAUGAUUUGUAAUUAAUAUACUUGUUCCAAAAAUGCUUUGACAACAUUCUAUUGUAAUGGCUUUUAAUAGUGUUACAAUAGAUUAUCGUUUGUUAACAGUAUUAAAAGUUUAUAAUUUUAAAUCUGAACUGUUUUUGGUAGAAUCAGAAUAGAAUGUGAGAUUAGUUUCACUACUUUCUCCUUAGUUAAAUUUGUUUUCAGUAGCCUCAAGAAUUUCGAGAACUAUUGUGUUUCACUUUGAUAUUAAUCUUGUGUAGGUUGUUGUUAUUGUAUUUUCUUGUAGGUUUUGUAUGUAGGCACAUUCCCAUAUCAUAUUUUAAUUGAAAUUGUAUUUCAAUAUUUCUAGUGUUUUGUAAAUGCUUGAUUUAGCAAUAACUUGUUUUAGUGUUUUCCCUAUGAUUUAUUUAUUAUUUUAUCUUUAAUCAACUUGUUUGUAGUUGGUCCUACUACUAUUUACAACCAGUUAUAAUAUUUAUAGUUUGAGUUCUCUUAUUAUUUUGAAAUAAACUAUCAUAUAAUGUAGA